CCAUCAAAGGGGACAAGCAAGCUUCCUUUCCUUCCCGCUUCGACCGUAAGAGGUAAAGAAAGAAACCCAAGAAAAUCAGCCGUUUGAAUCGCCGGUAAGCGGUAACCAUGUCGUCGGCGAUCUCUCACCUCUGUUCAUCACCGAUCAAUUACCGUACUUUAUAUCAUAGGUCACAGCCUCUCCCAUUCCGUCAACUUCAUUCGAAGGUUGUGAUUGUGGCCAAGAGCAGUGUUGGAAGUAGCACUGGAAUUUCGCAUUCACAGACCAAGAAUAGUUUUAGUCAUUGCAAUUCAGAUUCAUCCAAGUCGCCAAUUAAGGCAGUAGAAGGAAAUUCCAAUGGAGAAGUAAUUAAUGAGCCGGUAGAACAAAAGAUAAGAGCAUCCAUACUCCAUGACUUUUGCCUGGGAAUUCCUUUUGGUGGACUCAUUUUAGGUGGAGGGUUGGCUGGUUUUAUUUUUACGAGAAAUCUUACUACACUAAGCACCGGAGUGAUCUUUGGAGGCGCUUUGUUAUCUCUUAGCACCUUAAGCUUGAAGGUGUGGAAACAAGGAAAAUCCUGCCUACCGUUCAUUUUAGGACAAGCAGUACUUGCUGCAACCCUUCUGUGGAAGAACACACAAGCAUACUCUCAGACAAAGAAUAUUUUUCCAUCAGCCAUCUUCUCUGUCUUGAGUGCUGCAAUGUUAUGCUUUUAUUCCUAUGUGGUACUUGCUGGAGGAAACCCACCACCAAAAAAGAAGAAAUCAACUGUUGUUGUUUCAUCGUGAUGAGGAUAUGAAAAGGUCGAAUCAUAUUUGUUUCUUACCUUGGUUGGAACAUGUCCCGUUUCUUGGUUACACUUGGAGUUGUUUGUAAUCGGUUUUAUCCUCUCUUUGAUUUAUACAAUUAGUUUAUUUUAUGUUAUACAAGUGUAUCCAGGAUUUUAUGUUUUUUUAAACAAUUAAAGGCAAUUUCAGCUAUGUGAGCAGAAGAAUAAUUAACUUGUAUUGUCUACAAAUUUUGUAGGAUAUGCAAUGUUUUCCCUAAUGGC